AUGUGCAAUGGUAGGGUAUUCGACUUAGUAUUUCCGUAUUUAAGUGACGCUAAGAAAUUACAUGACUAUAUAGUUAAAUGCUAACAAAUUAAUAAUAGUAUGCCUGUUUAAGUAAGUAGAACUAAUUAAAUACCUGUCUAUAAAAUGUAAGAUAGUAGAAGAAGAAUUAUUAAUUUGAAAGGGAAAACUGUUUUGGAGAAUUAAGUAGAAAAGAAGGUUAAUGCAUCCCAAUGGAAAAAUGUCAUCCUUACUUUGAAAGAGCAUGCCUUAUUUUGGGAAUUUGUUGAUGCUGAAGAAUAUUCAAAUAUUGAAUUGAAAUCUAUUUCAGCCAUUGAAUAAUGUAAUAGAAUAUUCACUAUUAUUGUAAAUGAGGAAAACACAGUUCUAUAACAAUUUAGAGUAUCAACAAUUCAAGAAGCUGAUGAAUGGACUGGUUAAUUAUCAUAUAUGACCGAUAUCGAAAUUACUGUUAAGGUAUUAGAAAAGUAGCAAACGCUUUAAAAUUAUUAAUAAAAUGCUUUAACAAACUAGUCCUAAACUUAAUAAUUAACUAAAUAAUAGACUUAAUAAUAAUAAGAGUAAAAAAAACCAUCUUUUUUUUAAUAAUUAUUUUGUUGGGGAGGUGAGAGAAAAGAAUUAUGA